AUUUACACUAACGGCGCAUGUUUUCUUUAGGAGGAGAUGUAGUAAUUCAAAUGAUCUCCAAUGUAUUUGCCUUCUCGAAAUAUAAAAACCUAUACUUACAUUUUGAAAUUGUUUGAUGAUGAAAAAACUGUCUCAGACAUGGCGACAACGUGCCAAAUUUGUCGAAAAAACACCUUCAAAUAUAAAACGUACAAAACACGACGGUCAGAGACAGGCUUUUCCUUCUGCUCUUGAUGGUAAUUCCACAUCAUGUAACAAUGAUGUGCCAGUUGAUGAUAAAAUAGAUCAAAUGGUCUCUAUUUGUGAUGAAAAGGUGGUGGAAAUAUCUCAUGAAAACUCAACUCGAUGCAGCCUUCUCUUCAAUUCAUUUGCUCUUGAUUCACAAGCUCUGUUUGCUGUGGAUGAAAUGGAACAAGAACAUAUGAAUUGUGUUUCAAAAACCUUGGAUAUUGCUAGUCUGUCCCCAAUUAUCCCUGAUAAACCUCUUCCAACAAAUUUAUCUGGUGUAAUUAUGGAUAAUAAUGAUAAACUAGGUACAACUGCCAAUAGAAUUGAUCAAGUUUAUAAAUGUGGUGAUCAAAAUAAAUUCAUUAGUACACCAAAUGAUAAAUUUUUUGAAGAAGGUACAUCUGGGGAUAAGUGUGGUAAGACCAGUACAUCCAGGGUUAAAGAAACAAUAAGAAUGACCAAAGGUGACGCAAUUGGUAUGUCAAGUAAAGAAGAUGGAUUAAAAUCAAAUAUUGGUGUAUGUGAUGCAAAGACUUCAAAGUUGGAUAAUGAGGAAACAUGCAACUCCACUCCAUCCAUGAUCUUACAUGAAAGCCCAAAAAAAAAUCAAAACUGUAAAAUGGACGGUGACAGUAAUGAUAGAAGUUCUAGUUGCAUAAACUCUCAAGGCAGUACAACACAGGAUUCCACAGGUCAUUGUCUUACUCAAGAUCAAUGUACCCUGUCGUCAUGGGGAUUGCCUGCUAGCAUCUUGGAACAAUAUGACAAGAUCGGCAUCAAAACUAUGUUUCAAUGGCAGGCGCAGUGUCUCCGCACUGGGAAUGUCUUAAAUGGAGGAAACCUUGUGUACUCUGCCCCAACAAGUGCAGGGAAGACGAUGGUCGCCGAGAUUUUAAUGUUAAAGCGAAUCUUAGAAACAAAAUGCAAGGCUUUGUUUAUCUUACCAUUUGUUAGUGUUGCUCGCGAAAAGAUGUUUUACAUGAAGCGUAUGUUUGGUGGGUGUGGUUUGACGAUUGAUGGCUAUAUGGGUAGUCAGGUGCCAAGUAAAGGCUUUGACUCCGUUGACAUCGCUGUAUGUACAAUUGAGAAAGCAAACGGUCUUGUAAAUCGUCUAAUGGAGUCUGGACAGCUUCAUUUGGUUGGUGUCAUUGUGGUGGAUGAAAUUCAUUUGAUAGGUGAUCCAUCUCGAGGCUAUCUCCUGGAAUUACUUCUCACGAAGGUUCUUUACGUCACGCAAAGCAUUAUGGAUCACAAUGUCCAAAUCAUUGGUAUGAGCGCCACUUUGCCUAACGUAAACACUCUUGCCACGUGGCUCAAAGCUGAUCUAUAUUAUACGGACUAUCGUCCUGUACCUCUGACGGAAUAUUUUAAGGUCGGUACAGUUCUAUACGAUAGAUCAGGCAACGUGUCACGUGAGUUGGACAUGUCACAGCUAAUCGACGGUGAUGAAGAACACGUGUUAUUGUUGUGUCAAGAGACCGUUGUUCGUGGUAACGGCGUGUUGAUAUUUUGCCCAACAAAGUCCUGGUGCGAGAAAUUAGCGGAAGUAAUUGCAAAGCAUUUUAACAAAUUAUUCAGUACAACGGAACACGACCAAAAGAAGAGCCCACUGUACACAGGAAUUUUGGAUAUUGACGCUUUGAAGGAUGUGUUUGAGCAGCUUCGUAGUUGCCAAGUUGGCCUUGAUGGUGUACUCAAGAAAACAUUACGUUAUGGCGUUGCUUAUCAUCAUGCAGGCUUGACUUACGAUGAAAGAGAUGUCAUUGAAGCCGCUUUUAGAAAUGGCGUUCUUAAAGUUUUGGUCGCUACAUCUACCCUGUCUUCAGGUUGUAUAGAUUGUAUGAAAAAUGAUCAUGUAUAGGGAUGCAUAUGGAUAAUAUUGCUUACUAGGAACUAGAAAGGAUAUACGUGGAUUGUUAAGAGCGUCAUUGAAGCCGCUUUUAGAAAUGCCGUUCUCAAAGUUUUGGUCGCUACAUCUACCCUGUCUUCAGGUUGUAUAGAUUGUAUGAAAAAUGAUCAUGUAUAGGGAUGCGUAUGGAUAAUAUUGCUUACUAGGAACUAGAAAGGAUAUAUGUGGAUUGUUAAGAGCAUUAUCGGAUGAGUAAUACGAGAUGUUGUUGUUAUGGAUUUGUUUUUGCUGUGAUUUAUAGCUUAGAUCAUUAAGUCUGUUCCCAGAAUACCGUAUUGCCAACGUAGUGUUAGACCAUCGAUGUAAGAUUCUUAGAAAUCAUUAAGUCCUGUUCCCAGAAUACCGUAUUGUCAACGUAGUUAGACCAUCGACGUAAGAUUGUUAGAACUCAUUAAGUCCUGUUCCCAGAAUACCGUAUUGCCAACGUAGUUAGACCAUCGAUGUAAGAUUGUUGGAAAUCAUUAAGUCCUGUUCCCAGAAUACCGUAUUGCCAACGUAGUUAGACCAUCGAUGUAAAAUAGUUAGAAAUCAUUAAGUCCUGUUCCCAGAAUACUGUAUUCCCAACGUAGUUAGACCAUCGAUGUAAAAUAGUUAGAAAUCAUUAAGCCCUGUUCUCAGAAUACUGUAUUGCCAACGUAGUUAGACCAUCGACGUAAGAUUGUUAGAACUCAUUAAGUCCUGUUCCCAGAAUACCGUAUUGCCAACGUAGUUAGACCAUCGAUAUAAGAUUGUUAGAAAUCAUUAAGUCCUGUUCCCAGAAUACCGUAUUGCCAACGUAGUUAGACCAUCGAUGUAAGAUUGUUAGAAAUCUUUAAGUCGUGUUCCCAGAAUACCGUAUUGCCAACGUAGUUAGACCAUCGAUGUAAGGUUUUUAGAAAUCAUUAAGUCCUGUUCCCAGAAUACUGUAUUCCCAACGUAGUUAGACCAUCGAUGUAAGAUUGUUAGAAAUCAUUAAGUCCUGUUCCCAGAAUACCGUAUUGUCAACGUAGUUAGACCAUCGACGUAAGAUUGUUCGAACUCAUUAAGUCCUGUUCCCAGAAUACCGUAUUGCCAACGUAGUUAGACCAUCGAUGUAAGAUUGUUGGAAAUCAUUAAGUCCUGUUCCCAGAAUACCGUAUUGCCAACGUAGUUAGACCAUCGAUGUAAAAUAGUUAGAAAUCAUUAAGUCCUGUUCCCAGAAUACUGUAUUGCCAACGUAGUUAGACCAUCGAUAUAAGAUUGUUAGAAAUCAUUAAGUCCUGUUCCCAGAAUACCGUAUUGCCAACGUAGUUAGACCAUCGAUGUAAGAUUGUUAGAAAUCUUUAAGUCGUGUUCCCAGAAUACCGUAUUGCCAACGUAGUUAGACCAUCGAUGUAAGGUUUUUAGAAAUCAUUAAGUCCUGUUCCCAGAAUACUGUAUUCCCAACGUAGUUAGACCAUCGAUGUAAAAUAGUUAGAAAUCAUUAAGUCCUGUUCCCAGAAUACUGUAUUGCCAACGUAGUUAGACCAUCGAUGUAAAAUAGUUAGAAAUCAUAAAGUCCUGUUCCCAGAAUACUGUAUUGCCAACGUAGUUUGACCAUCGAUGUAAGAUUGUUAGAAAUUAUUAAGCCCUGUUCCCAGAAUACCGUAUAUCAAACGUAGUUUGACCAUCGAUGUAAGAUUGUUAGAAAUCAUUAAGUCAUAUUCCUAGAAUACUGUAUUGCCAACGUAGUUAGACCAUCAAUGUAAGAUUUUUAGAACGCAGUUGUUUCAUGUGAGAAUAAAUUAGAUGAUGUUUGAGGAUAUUGCAGUUGAUUGCUGUGCAGUUUAUUUGUAAUUUCACUUUGGAAGUUUGUAGUUGCACUGUAGAAAAGCUGUACUUGCACUGUAAAGAAGUGUAAAUUCAUCGUAAACUGAAAAACAGUGAAAGCCAAAGGAUUAAGCUCCAUAUAUAUAUUAAGGUACGAAUGGUAGCGACAAUACAUAUUAUAGAUUUAAAAUUGAAGCCUAAGUCCUCGUCUAUUACGCGAUCCGUACGUCAGUUCCAGUCCUUCAACGUCAGUUGAUUUGAAUAUAUGGAGUUUACUUGGUUGGAAUUGUGGGCCAUCUUUUUCUCGUCAUUGAAAUCUGAAAUUCUCAUCUUCAAAUUGUCAACUUCUCAACAAACUACCGUUGUGAAUAUCAUUGUAGGGAUUUGAUCUGUUAUGCAAGUAGCUUUGAAAGUUUCACCUGUGAUGUGUAAAUAUUACAAAUGUAAAUAUGUGUAGCACCAACAUAGGAGUAAUAGUUUAAAUAGAUUUUGUACUGUUAUAUACAUAAUAAGCAACUUCCAAUAUUUCGUCAUAUAGCGCGAAGCACGCGUUGCA